AUGGGUAAACCAAGGUUGAUCAUCAUCAUUCGACAUGCACAGUCUGAGGGAAAUCGAGACAAAACUAUCCAUCAAACAGUUCCAGACCACAAAGUCGGCUUGACCCCCGAAGGUCACCAACAAGCUCUUGAAGCCGGUGAGAAGCUUCGUGCCCUGCUGCGUCCUGAUGAUACGCUUCAUUUCUUCAUCUCUCCCUACAGACGAACCAGAGAGACAACAGAGGGUAUAUUGAGUGGCUUGACAUCGAAUGAUCCUGUACCUUCGCCGUUCCAGAGAUCCUACAUCAAAGUGUAUGAAGAGCCUAGGUUGAGAGAGCAAGACUUUGGCAAUUUUCAACCUGAAACAGAAGAGACAGAGAGGCUUUGGAGGGAACGUGCCGAAUAUGGCCACUUCUUUUACCGGAUUCCGAAUGGAGAAAGUGGGGCUGAUGUUUACGACCGCGUGUCUUCCUUCAAUGGCUCACUGUGGCGGCGGUUUUCUGAAGACAAUAUGGCCAGUGUAGCAAUUUUGGUCACGCAUGGGCUGUGCAGCCGUGUCUUCUUGAUGGCUUGGUACCAUUAUAGCGUUGAAUUCUUUGAAGACCUUCGGAACAUCAAUCAUUGCGAAUUUCUCGUCAUGAAACAUAGUCCAAACGGGAGAUAUGUCUUGCAAAAUCAAUUAAGGAGGUGGUCCGACCUUAGAAGGGAGCGAGCCGCCAGAAAGCAAAGCAUAUCAUCUCCAACGGCAAUAGAGAAUAUACCAGUGAGACGCUGGGCAUCCCACCAGACGGCAAAUGACCCAUCAGGCAGUACUUUCGCACCACGACCAGCGCGCAAAAACACAGCAGACAUGUUCAAGGAUGAGUCUGAACAUAGAGAGGAACCGGAAGAUGCCAAAAGCCAUGGGCCUCGGGGUCAGGAAAAAAAAGGAAAGGAUAUCCGACGAAGCUCAAGCAAGGACACCAACGGUUCUAGAGUUAGAUCCUCGAGCAAUCUACGAAACUCGAUUAGUGCUCUCUCCCUGGAUACUGGAAAGCGGAACACAACUUCUGCAAUGAAACCGUAUCUGGGCCGUGAUGGUGGUGGAUCGAGGUCAGGCGCAGCCUCCCCAUUUGGGGUUGGAUCAGAGGACGAAGAAAGCGUUGAAGGAACAUCACAAGCUCAAGGCGACACGCUCGCAGCUUCCUUUGAUUCUGGCAAAUACAAAUUUUCGACUUCGUUGGCGCGUGCUCUACGCGGUGAUUUUGAUGAUCCCAAUCGACCGCUUGCCGACGCUCUGGGAGAUCAGAGCGAUGCGGAAGUGGAUGAGGCCGAUCUCGAGAUGGGAACCAAAGAACGGGAAGAGAAGGAGAUGGAACAAAUCAUUGAAGACGAACGGCGUGAGAGAAGGCAGAGUACUGUCACGUAUUGA